AGGCGCGGUAGCGGAAGCGAGUGGAGGGCGGGGCAGCCAGACGGCGAUAUUGCGAUUGCGUGGGGUGUGACGCUAACUCUGAGUGCCUGGCGAAGAGUCAAGACAGUAAUGGCUUCUUGAAACCUUCAGCCGAAGCUUUAGAAGCUCAAUUUUGAGCCCAUUUGGAGGUGUCGUGUUGAUUUCUUUUCUCAAGGCCCAGAGUUUUGCCGUCGGCUUUUGGGCCCAGCGGUGUUCUCGGUCUCGAGUCGGUCUCCAUUGACUUCUCGCGAGAUCGGCGCGCAGGCGCGAGAGCAGCUCGAGAGCCGGUUUCUCCGAGGAGUUCGACCCAGCCCUGAAAGCCUCCCGGACGUGGUGCGCGGCUUCACCGACGAUCGAGCUGGGCCGGGCGGAUCCCGUCUGGGCUCCUGGCAGCGAUGGAUGACGAUCUGGUUUUUGCGCUGCGGCUUCAGGAGGAGUGGGACAUGCAGAUGUCUGAGCGUGCUCUGGCCCAGGAGCCCCUGUCGCUGGUGGACGCGUCCUGGGAGUUGGUGGACCCCACCCCGGAUUUGCAGGCCCUGUUUAUGCAGUUCAACGACCAGUUCUUCUGGGCCAGCUGGAGGCCGUCGAGGUGAAGUGGAGCGCGCGAAUGACCCUGGUUCCAGAGACCUCCAAAGAAGGUGAGGAAGCUUGCCUCCAUUGGCAGGACUGGACAACCCGGCCAACGAAAAAGCCCUGGUACCCUCGAGAAGAGGAAAGCCCAGGUGGAGUCUGAUGAGACCAACUUUGUACCUGAAGCCUACAUUUACCGGAUGCCACCGGUUCGGUCUGAUCCUAUAUGGAGUAUUUCGACAAAGCCAGCUAAAAAAAAUUGCUGUUAGUUAUUUUCUGCCCUGUGAUUUUAUGCAAAAAUAGGAAAAAUGGUUUAAAAGUACAUUUAGUUUGCAAACUUUUGCUAUGCUGUUAAAAGUUUGGGAUCAAGGUUGAGAAAAUUUGUGUUUUACAUCAGUUGAACCAUUUUAAGAUUUUUUUUCCUGUGAUUUUGACACAUCUGCCGUCUUGUUUUGGCUCAUGCCUCCAGAUGUUUUUUUUUGGCUUGAACUGAUGAACUGUUUUUCCAGGAAUAGAGGACUUUUGUUUUCGCAAUGGACAAAUACCUGGAGGGACUGGUUUUCUUUCACACUGGAACUUGGUAAAAAAAGGUUCAUAUGAGACUGCAUCCGACAUCCAUAUAUUCGAUCUUCAUCACCAUGGAAAUGGCAUAAAGUGAAAGGGGGGAAUUGUUAGGGGGAAAAGGAUGUCCUAAAGCUGAUUCCAUACAGGCUUUGUGGACUCCACCCCCACCCCAGGCCAAAGCCAAAGACACUGGGAACUCCAAAUCCCAUCACCACCAAAGGGAAGGUGGCUGGGACCUGAGGGUGGGGUUAAGCAGCCAGGUUGAUAUAAAGGCACACACGUGGGCUUUGCGGGGGGGGGGGGGUGGUCCCCAUUUUGGCUCUCCGCCAGCUAGCAGCGUCCAGCCAGCUCUGAUAGUGACUUUGGGUUUCCAGGUCGGCGGAUCGGGUAGGACGCAUUAAAGGCUUUAUUUCCCUAUUUUCUCCCUGAGUUGUACAUUUUUCCUUAUUUCCUUUUCUCUUGUAAAUAAACCUUUUAUUAACGUUUUGUGUGUGCCUGUAAUGGAGUAUUAAUAAGUCCCUUUUAAGCGCGCGGGUGAGGACCCACAGCCAGAAACCCGUUCAAAAUCGGGGCUGCUCUAUAACAAUCACACUGCUGGUUUGUCUUAUGGUAGUGAUUCAGGGCCCAGGAGAGAGAAGAAAGCAGAUUCUGCCAUAAGAAAGAUCUGAGGGUACUGUGCAACCUGGAAAGAUGAGUGUUGCUUUUUCCUAUGCUUGUUAGGAUACUUCCACUCGGUAGUGGGUUCCUGUGUUAGAAUGGGGAAGGGGUUGACGUUUCCAUAUUUCUGGACUCAAGGGAUCGUCAGUGAUUUCAGUGAUGUCUCUCAACGAAUCCCCUUUUUUACAGGCUAUUUGAGAAACGCUGAUUUUGAAGUAAUCUGUUCCUAUACUUGAAGGGAGUUAACAAGUGUGAAAUGGAAGUUUUAUACUAUUAUGGUUGUUUUGAAUUGAUAGAAAAUAACCUAAAGUAAGACAGAUUAAGAGAUGACAUAAAAUGGUGUUUAAAGUACAAAUCUCAUUCAUGUAGGAUUCUAUUAUAAUUUUGGAGAUGUGCUGUUGUUGCUCUGCCUGUUACCAACACAAACUGAUAAUAGCUUGUAGGGAGGAGACAGGGAGCAGCAGAUUAUAGGAUGCUCUUUGAACUCUUGCAGCCCGGCUAGGGUGAGGGAAGCCACUACUGUACACCCUCUCCCUAACUGGGGUGAGAGGCAAGUAUCUCCUAACUAAGAGGGUAUACUUGCAGGAGCGCCAUCUGCCAUGAAGUUCUCUGAAUGUGAGCAGCCCAAGAAUAUUUAAGGAUUUGCUCUUUCCUCUCUAUUGCCAUUUUAUGUAUAUUUGGUAAAUAAUAUGUUUUUGUGGUGAUUGAGAGUUGAGGAAGCAUGAUGGAAGGGAGAGGAGGACGCCUGCGCCCGGGUCUGAGCGUCACCCACCGCGCCUGCGCAAGGAGCCGUGGCGCAGGGACUGCGCCUGCGCAAGAACGCCUGGGUUCUAGUACGCACGCGCAGGAGGCGCGGUAGCGGAAGCGAGUGGAGGGCGGGGCAGCCAGAUGGCGAUAUUGCGAUUGCGUGGGGUGUGACGCUAACUCUGAGUGCCUGGCGAAGAGUCAAGACAGUAAUGGCUUCUUGAAACCUUCAGCCGAAGCUUUAGAAGCUCAAUUUUGAGCCCAUUUGGAGGUGUCGUGUUGAUUUCUUUUCUCAAGGCCCAGAGUUUUACCGUCGGCUUUUGGGCCCAGCGGUGUUCUCGGUCUCGAGUCGGUCUCCAUUGACUUCUCGCGAGAUCGGCGCGCAGGCGCGAGAGCAGCCCGAGAGCCGGUUUCUCCGAGGAGUUCGACCCAGCCCUGAAAGCCUCCCGGACGUGGUGCGCGGCUUCACCGACGAUCGAGCUGGGCCGGGCGGAUCCCGUCUGGGCUCCUGGCAGCGAUGGAUGACGAUCUGGUUUUUGCGCUGCGGCUUCAGGAGGAGUGGGACAUGCAGAUGUCUGAGCGUGCUCUGGCCCAGGAGCCCCUGUCGCUGGUGGACGCGUCCUGGGAGUUGGUGGACCCCACCCCGGAUUUGCAGGCCCUGUUUAUGCAGUUCAACGACCAGUUCUUCUGGGGCCAGCUGGAGGCCGUCGAGGUGAAGUGGAGCGCGCGAAUGACCCUGUGUGCUGGGGUAUGCAGCUAUGAAGGGAGGGGUGGAAUGUGUUCUAUCCGUCUCAGUGAACCCCUUUUAAAGUUGAGACCACGAAAGGAUCUUGUAGAGACCCUCUUGCAUGAAAUGAUACAUGCCUAUUUAUUUGUGACUAAUAAUGAUAAAGACCGGGAAGGACAUGGUCCUGAGUUUUGUAAACAUAUGCAUCGCAUCAAUCGCCUGACGGGAGCCAAUAUAACAGUGUACCAUACUUUCCACGAUGAGGUGGAUGAGUACCGGCGACACUGGUGGCGCUGCAAUGGGCCCUGUCAGUACAAAAAGCCCUACUAUGGUUAUGUCAAACGUGCUACCAACAGGGCACCCUCUGCUAACGACUAUUGGUGGGCUGAGCACCAGAAAACCUGUGGGGGCACUUACAUAAAAAUCAAAGAACCAGAGAACUACUCGAAAAAAGGCAAAGGAAAAACAAAACUAGGGAAUGACCCAGUAUCCGCACCAGAGACUAAAGAUAAGUCCAAAAGAGGUGACACGCAGCCAUUAAUCCCUUUUAGUGGAAAAGGAUAUGUUUUAGGAGAAACAAGCAAUUCCUUGUCAUCUGGGAAAUUUACCACUUCACAUGCCAUUAAUAAAACCCCAGAUCUUUUAAGUCAAGAUCACUCAGCAAAUGCCAUAAGACUUAAUUCUAAAAUUGAGGGGAAAUUUGAACAGAGUGGUUCAGGUAAAAAAACUUCUCAUCUAGUCUCCCCUAUUCUUAAUAACAAUCACCAAAAUGUGUUAAGCAGCUACUUUCCUAGAGUAUCAGUUGCCAAUCAAAAGGCUUUCCGAAAUGCGAAUGGAUCACCUACAAACAACGUAACAGUUGCUGACAUCACGAACACCAUCUCUGCGAGUUCUCAAAGAAGGGUUACAUCUUCUAAGAUAGCCCUGCGAAAUUCUUUAAAAGCAGUGGAAUCAACAUCUGUGACUGCAUCCCACGAUGUGAAUGGGCCUGAAGAGAGAUUCCCAAGUAAACGACCCAGGCUAGACAACAAGAGUGUGUUUGACAAUUUUUUUAUCAAGAAAGAGCAAAUACAAAGUGGUGGCAAUGACCCAAAGUGUAGUUCGCAUCCUGUAGCCACAGCUCAGAAUUCUAGCAGCUCAUCCAGUCAGAGCAGAAUGGUUGCUUGUCCUGUUUGUCAGAAUGAAGUUGUGGAGUCUCAAAUUAAUGAGCACUUGGACUGGUGCCUUGCAGGUGAUAGCAUCAAAGUCAAAAGCUGAAAAAUUCUUGAAAAACAAAUGAGUCUUACCUCACUAGUGUAAUGUGUCAGCCACUCAGGAAAUUCUGGUUAAUAGCAAGAUUUUUAGGUUAUAGUGUAGUUCAUGCAGCCAAUAUAAAGUAUUGUCUUUAUAUAUUACAUGUGAAAUUAUAAUUAAAAUUUUUAUGUCCAAAGGUACUGUAUUCACUCUUGUCUUACAUGUACUGUUGCCCAGAGAUGGUUCUGCAUAUCCAUGUAUAAUUUUUAAAGACUUAUUCUUUAACUGAAAGGUGUUUCGGUUUGUUAAUCUUUUUUUUUUUUUUUGUAUACUUUAUAUUUUCCUGAAAAUAUCCAAUGAGGAAUCCUGUCAGCUAGUUAAAUUGAUUAUAUUGAUUAAAUUGAUAUCUUUAUUGAUAAUAAUUCAUUCUCAGAACUGAUGUUAACAUUCAUAUUCUCAGAAAUAUUGACCAAAACCACAAUCUGGAAUACAAAAUACAUUAGUUGUUUUAGGGUAGGAUUUCAGGGUUUUUUUUUUUUUUUUAAAUCUUAACAGGACAUAUAUUUUCUAUGUUAAAAUAUUUAUAUUUCUGCAUUUCACUAAAGGGUGGCAGCAGAUUUCAGAUUAAAGUUGAUAAGGAAUAUAGUAUGACACUAAAUUUGCAGAAUUUUACUAGUAACAAAUAGCCACUGUGAUUCUGUAGGCUAAAGUUAAACUGUUCUCUCAGAAGUUAGCAAAAUGGAUGGUUAAAACUUGGUGCAACUCAACUGAUCUAUAUAACAACAAAGUUGUCUAGCUUCUGUAACAACAGAAAACAGUAUUGGGAACCUUAAGCCAGAGUUGUAACCACUGUCAUAAAAGGAAUACCACUUGUGCAUUAAAACAAAGUUUUAAAAAUCUUAUUUUCUAUAUUAUAGCAAAGAAACAAAACUACUUUUAUCAGUUGACUUAGUCUCAUGGCUGUACCUCCAGUAUGCUGGCGUAUUUCCCAAAUCGUAAUGUAAUGCACAUGGUUUGUUUUUUCACUUUGUGUAGCAUGACUUACUUAUAAAUAAGGUGCAUGGAUUUUAGGAGCUCAAUAGGAUAAACCUUGCCUUAGUGUUCACCUGUGUGUGACCACCAAAUUGGAGAAUACUUAGGUUAGUGCACACCUUUCCUCAUACUUCUCCCCAGUUAAUGCCCACAAUCCUCAGGAACAAAUUAUUUUUACUUACCACAGAUGACUUGUUUUUGAACUUCAUAAAGUAGUAUCUUUGUUCUGUGUGUAGAAGUUUCUUUUUAAUUGUUCUGUAUUAUUUGUAUGAAUAUACCAGAAUUUAGUAAUUCUAAUAUUAAUGAACAUUUAUUUCCUAUUUGGUACUGUUUAUUAAGAAUAAUGCAGCUAAGAAGAUUCUUUUUCAUUUCUAUUGGGCGUAUGCUCAGGAUUGGAAUUGAUGGGUCCACAGGAUAUAUUUAUGUUUGUUUAGCUUUAGUUUAUAAAUACUGCCAGUUUGCACGCCUACCAGCAAUGUAUGAGAGUUAACAAUUGUUCAACUGUCUUAACAGUUUUAUCAGUCCUUCUGAUUUUAACCUGCUGAUUGAAUGUUUACAAAUUUGAUAUUUCUUAUAAGUUUUAAAAGAUAGUAUUUAAUAAA